UAAUUUCUCACAUCUGUUUUGUAUUUAGUUAUAAAUUUCUCUUGGUUAAAUUGUGCUGUGGGCGUACUUUUCAGUUACCGCUGAGAGUUGGCUUGCAUUUGUGCGCGAGCGUUAAAAGUUUCUAUACAUCUAUUAACAAAUUGGAAAUUAUUAAUAUCUAUACAUAUAAGCAAAUAAACAAGUUAAGGCCCUUUGAGUUAAGCAAAUCAACGGUUACGGAAAGGCAGCUAACAAAAUUGGAUGUUAGACUAUUGUCUUACACGUUUUUGUAUUGGAAUCCAAGGAUAAGGCGAGUUAAAUUAGUUAGCAGCAGGAUAUGAAGGGAUGAGCCAACAUGGGCAAAGUAACCACAUGUGAUAAGUUUUUGCUGCUGCUUUGGAAAAACUGGGUUAUUCAAUUGAAUCACAAAACACAAUUUGUAUUCGAACUGCUACUCCCGGUAUUAUUCAUACUGCUGGUCGCGCUGGUACGUGUCGUAGUUGACGUGGAAAACAUAGAAGAGAAGCACUAUGAGGAGCAAAAAAUCGACAGCUUACAGUUAUUUAAAUCUGAAUUUGAAAAUGGGCGUCGAAUGAAUUCGCUCAUGAACCUACUAACUACAAAGAGUGAAUCCAUAAAAAAGCUAUCCCAAAGUAGACCGCCUAACUUAAGGCUGGUGUUCUCGCCGGUUAAUGAUGAACUGGAGUCUAUAAUGCAAGAUGCGGCCGCAAGCCUGGGCAUGACCGUUUCAGGUGUUGACAAUGCCCAGGAGCUUGAAGGGCAGGUGGUGGCCAAUAAUUCCUUUGCCGGCGUACUAUUCAAUGUAUCCAUGGACAAUUUUGAAUACACAUUGCGUUUUCCAUCAGAGCUGCGGACGGCAAAAGCCGCAAUAUGGAACACGUGGCUAACAAAGCGACUAUUUUUAUCGUCUUAUAUAUCAGGACCGCGUAAUUAUAAUGAUGACGAUGGCGGGACACCUCCGGGCUAUUUGCGCGAGGGUUUCCUGCCCAUACAGAACGCGAUUAGCAUGUCCUAUAUACGAAGUAAGGCGAAAGUUAAAAAUGAUUUGCCUGAGAUUGUGCUGCAGCGAUAUCCGUAUCCGGCCGGGUUAAUUGAUCCAUUUAUAAACGCAAUUAGCACUAUGUUCUCGUUCCUAUUGCUGUUGAGCUUUAUCUAUCCUUGCACGUGCAUUACCAAGUACGUUGCCAACGAAAAGGAAUUGCAACUGAAGGAGGUCAUGAAAAUAAUGGGACUACAGAACUGGUUACACUGGGCCGCCUGGUUUGUUAAGUUCUUCAUCAUGUUCACCAUAUCGAUACUUUUGAUGAUAAUUUUUAUGAAAAUACGUUAUACCGAUGACGUCGCCGUCUUCACCCAUGCCGAUAUAUCUGUGCUGAUAGUUUUCUUCCUCGCGUACAUAACAGCCACCAUUUGCUUCUGCUUCAUGAUGGCCUCUUUCUUCUCAAAGUCCAGCACAGCAGCUGCGGUGACUGGUCUUAUCUGGUUCAUUACCUAUGUCCCGUAUAUGUUCACAUCAGAAACCUAUGAUCUGCUCACUUUAUCCGAAAAGUUGGGCCUGUGUGUUAUAUUGAAUACGGCAAUGGCGUUUGGCGUUGCUAUAAUAAUGCGUUUCGAAGGUACGGGAGAAGGUCUACAGUGGAAUAACCUUUUCAAGCCGGUCAACGUCGAUGACAAUUUAACCGUUGGAUAUGUUAUUAUCAUGCUGCUAAUAUCCGCUGUUCUCUAUAUGCUCAUAUGCUUGUAUGUUGAGCAGAUAUUUCCUGGCGAUUAUGGAGUGAAGCGCAAAUGGUAUUUUCCCUGUACGCGCGUCUUUUGGUGCGGCAAAAAUAAAUAUCAGAGUGUUGAUUAUAUUGACAAUGAACCGGAACAAAAUACUUCGGUCGGCUUUGAGCCGGAGCCUCAAAACAAACGCGUUGGCCUGGAGAUAAAAAAUCUGAAGAAAGUAUUUGAUGGCAAGCUGGUUGUCAAGGGUAUAUCGGCUAAAAUGUUCGAAGAUGAGAUAACCGUGCUGCUGGGCCACAAUGGUGCUGGCAAAACGACCACCAUAUCCAUGCUGACUGGCAUGUUGCCGCCCACUUCCGGCACGGCCAUCAUCAAUGGCAGCGAUAUCUGCACCAAUAUCAAGGGUGCGCGCAUGUCUCUUGGCGUUUGCCCUCAGCAUAAUGUGCUCUUUGGCGAUAUGAGUGUUGCGAAUCAUUUGCGAUUCUUUAGUCGUCUGAAAGGUGCUAAGGGCAAGGCCAUAAAGAAAGAGGUGGACAAGUAUCUGAAGAUGAUUCAAUUGGAGAAUAAAGCUAACACUGCUGCCGAUAAAUUGUCGGGUGGCAUGAAACGCAAACUUUCGCUCUGCUGUGCCCUUUGCGGCGAUACCAAGGUUGUGCUUUGCGAUGAGCCAAGCUCCGGUAUGGAUCCAUCUGCGCGACGACAACUGUGGGAUCUACUGCGACACGAGAAAGCGGGCCGCACCAUUCUGCUGACCACCCACUUUAUGGAUGAGGCCGACGUUCUGGGCGAUCGCAUUGCCAUCAUGUGCGAUGGAAUGAUCAAAUGUAACGGCUCCUCAUUCUUUCUAAAGAAGCAAUUCGGUCCUGGCUAUAGUCUGGUAUGCGUUAAGAAGGCCAAUUGUCAACCGGCUGAGGUGACGGCAAUGCUUAGCAAGUAUAUUCCCGGAAUACGGCCAAAAAGCGAUAUUGGGACAGAGCUGGCCUAUAAUUUGCCCGACAACUAUUCGUAUAAGUUUGAGCAACUAUUCAAGGAACUGGAGAGUCGCACAGCGGAACUGAAUCUGAAUGGUUUUGGCGUGGGCAAUACCUCGUUGGAAGAGGUAUUCAUGAAAAUGGGUGCCGAUGUAACAGUCGAUCGGAAUGAGGAGGAACUGGCGGACAGGUUAAAAGGAGGUGCUGUAACUAAUAAUGUUGACAACGAAUCAAUGAAAUCGGAUGCCGCCCUCUCGAACAAUACUCAACUGUUGCGCGGCAUGAAACUGGUAUCGAACCAAUGGCAUGCUAUGAUCUACAAGAAGGCGAUCUAUUCGUAUCGCAAAUUAUUUUUGCUUAUCUUACAAAACUUUGUGGCCGUAUUCUUUGUGGUACUGACAAUAAUGAUCGCACGUUCGCGUGGUACCAGCCGUGAUCUGCCGGCGAUUAAGAUCGGCCUGGCACAGUAUCCGGUUGCGGUGACUGUCAUGGAACGCGGGCAAGACUUGAAUGCGAAUUCGUUAAAUAAUCGCAUUGCCAAUAAAUACGAAGAGAUGGCACAGUCAUUUGGCCCAGAUUAUACGUACGAGAGCACGGGCGAUAAAUCCUUUACGAAGUACAUACUGGACCUGAGCGCAUCCCUGCAGGUUUGGAUAAACGCACGAUACCUGGCAGCCGCCACCUUUCGAAAUGAUAAAAUAAUCGCUUGGCUGAACAAUCAGCCGCUGCAUACGGCACCGCUCACAAUGAACAUGGUUCAUAAUGCGAUUGCCCGGGAAGUGAUCGGAGAGAAUUCGAAAAUCAGUGUUACCAAUUGGCCGCUGCCCUACAAGACGGAAACACUGCUGCAGCAGUUGCAGAUGGGCUCCAGUCUGGGCACACAGUUGGCCUCCAAUAUAGCCUUCUGUAUGUGCUUUAUUACCGCCUUUUACGCACUGUUUGUGAUUAACGAGCGGCAAUCGCGGGCCAAACUGUUACAGUUCGUUUGCGGCGUCAAGGGUUGGAUAUUCUGGUUUUCACUGUUUCUCUGGGAUUUCAUCACGCUUUUAUUUACGGUUCUGGUUAUAAUUGUCACAUUGGCCUGUUUCCAGGAAAUACAUUUUAGCACAUUCGACGAGCUGGGUCGCAUCGCUUUCGUGCUAAUCAUCUUUACAUUUUGCGUGCUGCCCUUUACCUACGCCUUCUCCUUAUACUUUAAGGACGCAUCGACAGGCUACGCACGCAUCUCUAUAUUUAAUAAUUUGUUUGGCAUAGCGGUAUUCCUUACAUUCGUUCUACUUGCAAACUUUUACGACGACUCAAUUCUAUAUAAAAUUCUGAAUCGAAUUUUUAAUCUUUAUCCACACUUCUCGCUUGCCAUGUGCAUCAACAAGAUAAGCGUAAAUGCUGCCUCGCGAUCUGCCUGCUCCAAGCUUAGCGGCCUGCCGCCCAUUCUAAUCUGUGAGAUGGUGCCAAAUUGCUGCAGCAUCCCGGGUUACUUUGCUUGGGAAUAUCCCGGAGUGUUAAUCGAGAUUCUUACCAUGGUCUGUGUCGGCAUCAUCAUUUUCCUACUGCUCGUGUUAGGCUCAUAUGGCAUACACUUGAACUUCGAAUUUUUAAAGAGGAAACGUCAUCCAGAUCCGCGUACUGACAUGGACGACGAUGUGCUGAAGGAGAAGCUGCGCGUUGAGAACAUGUCUCCCGAAGAGAAAGCCGCCAAGAAUCUGGUUUUGGAUAACUUGGUCAAGUAUUAUGGGCCCUUUCUUGCCGUCAAUCAGGUGUCGCUUUGUGUGGAAGAAAGCGAAUGCUUUGGCCUGUUGGGUGUCAAUGGUGCUGGCAAGACGACUACCUUUAAGAUGAUGACUGGAGACGAGACGAUAUCCUUGGGCGCUGCGUAUGUGCAGGGCCUGAAUUUGAAGACAGACAUGACCAAAGUAUACGACAAGAUUGGCUACUGUCCGCAGUUCGAUGCGCUGUUAGAUAAUUUAACAGGCCGUGAGAAUCUUAAAAUAUUCUGCCUGUUGCGCGGCGUGCGGCCGGCGAACAUCAAAAGUAUUUCCGAGGAUCUGGGCAAGACUUUUGGCUUUACCAAGCAUAUGAACAAAAAGACAAAGAACUACAGCGGCGGAAAUAAGCGUAAACUGAGCGCGGCCAUCGCAGUGAUUGGCUCUCCAGCUAUUAUAUAUAUGGAUGAGCCCACCACGGGCAUGGAUCCAGCUGCACGACGUCACCUAUGGAAUAUUGUGUGUCGCUUACGGGAUGGUGGCAAAUCAAUCGUGCUAACAUCUCACAGCAUGGAGGAGUGCGAGGCACUAUGCACACGACUGGCUGUUAUGGUGAAUGGCGAGCUCAAGUGCAUUGGCUCCACGCAGCAUUUGAAAAACAAGUUCUCUAAAGGUCGUGUACUCAAACUGAAAGUCCGACGCAGUGGAGCACCUCGCAGUCAACAACAACAACCAUACAAAGAGAGCAUGCUCAAAGCGCCUGUCUCGGAUGAAGAUUUGAGGACACCGCUUCCAUACGAGAGCAGCAGUGCGGCGACGCCAGUUGCCUACGAUGGCAGGAGCAGAACAUCAUUGGGCCGUAACGACAACAAUUUCAGGAACGGAGAAAUCUCAAUGGAGCAGUUGCCGGGUACACCGAUUCCCUACUCGGGCAGCAUUGCUGAUAUACUAGAAGCGAGCAGGUCAGUGGAUUAUCUCUCCAAUACACCCAAUAGGCAAAUUGAGGAGGAUGUUGUACUGAGCCCUGAUCAAAUACAGAAUGACAUUGACAAAGUCAAGAAGUUUGUCAGCACCAAUUUCCCAAAUGCCGUUUUGCAGGAAGAAUAUCAGGGCAUGUUGACAUAUUACAUUCCAUUGCAAGGCAUCAAAUGGUCGGAAAUCUUUGGCGUAAUUGAACGCAAUCGGAAUGAUCUAAAUCUGGACGAUUACUCCAUAACUCAGACGACAUUGGAAGAGAUAUUCUUAGAAUUUGCUCAGUUACAGAUUGAGGAUAAACGCAACGUGAAAUCCCGUCGAAAAUGUUGUGGCUGCUAAGUAUCCAGAUAUUCGCGACUAUAUUUACCUAAUAUACCCCAAUGCAGAAACUGCCACCGAAUACUGGGUAGAACUACUGUCGGUGAACCCAAGAGUUUUACAACCAAUACGCUAGGCUAACCAAAAAGGAUUUUAAGAUAGAAACUAACGGACGUAAACGGCAUUGCCUUGUAAAAUUUGUGAUUUAAUAGCGAAAUUAAAGUUAGAAACCGUGUAUAUAAUAGGAACAAAUAGAAGAUCACCACGGUUUCUGCAAAAUAAUCGGUAAAUUAUUAUUUUUUUUUUUUUUUAAUUUUUUUCUAACCAAAGACUUGUUAAAUUUUGUAUAACAAUUUUGCGCUUGGUAACUUUUUAAAAUUUAUACCGUGAGUGUAAGCACAAUUUAUUUUCGGUAGAUUAGUUGUACACAUCCCAAGAAUUUAUUAAACGAAUAAAUCAUACAUCAAUGAAAAACAAUAA